AUGGUUCUAUUGAUGGACGAGCAGCUUCCGCCGCUGAAAUGGAACCUAGGUCGAGUAACCGAAGUGUUCCGAGGCUCUGAUGACAACAUCUUCGUGGUAGACGUGCGGACUAGCAGCGGGGACAAUCUUACAUUUAAUCUGAGGAUUCUUGACUGUGACUCGUUCACUUUGAUCUGGAUUGUGGAAGAGGCAGGAGUAGUCCAUUUUAGUUCGCGUCGUGAGGUGAUUUCGAAGUUUCUAGCAAGGAUAGUGUCUUUCCCAUUAAACGUGCUAUCAGUAGAAAGUGUGCGAGUGUGGAGCGAAAUACAGAUUUGUGGCAAGUGUGCGAAAGCCCGUUACCUCACCAGUAUCAGCCAGCGACAACUCCUGACCCCACUCUGCAGCGUCAAAGUUUCCCGGCGGUCCACUUUGCCGGAAGGGGCCGCGACCGUCAAUUUCGCGCCCAGGCAGGGCGAAGGCAAAGAGUAAGCAAGUCAGCAGCAACAGCAACCGUUUUCCCGCUGUCGGUGACGACCGAGAGCGCAGCA